AUGCCAUCUUGGGAAGAGAUUAUUGUACCACUAGCAGUAAUCAUUUUACUGGCCGGUAAUAUUAAUCUACAACAAUUGGAAAGUGUGACAAAGACAUGUACAGCAAAGUGCAAAGGCAACGACUGCCAUUCAAAUUGUACCGGCAGCACGUCCACAGCGUUAGCUGUGGGUUUCAACUCAACUGCAAUGGCAAUGGGAGAUCUUUCUACAGUAGAGUGCUAUGGAGCAUUUUGCAAGGCAAACUGCAGCGGACUCCUUAAUAUUUGUAUGUCAAAGUGCUUUGGACGAGUUUGUACUGCAAAGUGUAAUGCAGCAUCAUGUCUAACAUUAGCCGACGGUCUUUCAUCGUAUGCUAUUUGCAAUGGACAUAAAUGCAGAUCUAACUGUACGGGCGUUAGCUGUAUAUCCGAGUGUCACGGAACAGACUGUCUGUCGGAGUGCCAUGCUAAAAGAUGUAUAGCUCGUUGUAUUGGAAAGACGUGCAACUCAGCAUGUUCAGGUCGAAAGUGCCAAUUUAUUAUCAAC